AUGCGUGACGGCACCAUGUCCAAUCGACAGACACUCCAAUCGACAGACACUCCAAUCGACAGACACUCCAAUCGACAGACACUCCAAUCGACAGACACUCCAAUCGACAGACACUCCAAUCGACAGACACUCCAAUCGACAGACACUCCAAUCGACAGACACUCCAAUCGACAGACACUCCAAUCGACAGACACUCCAAUCGACAGACACUCCAAUCGACAGACACUCCAAUCGACACACUCCAAUCGACAAGAGAACAAUGGACAGACACCAACCAUCGCGCCGCGUCACACUUGCAUCUCGCGAGCGUUUGCGCGUUCUCCACUCGUGACACGGCUCGUAACAAGGCACGACACACGUGGACUGUACACUCCUGAUGGGUUAGGAUAUCCUGGAUUCAGACGAGAGAGGAAGGAUCUGUUGGCUGAUGGUUGGAUUUUAUUCAGGUGA